AUGGCUCGUGGGCCGCAGCUCCGGCAGUGCUGCGCCCAAUGUGCGUGCGGCUGCGGCUGCUGCAGGCUCCUCAGCGAGGCCCACGCGGCACGAGAGGAGCGACUUCGCGAAGAAGCGUUGCUGCAGGCAAAGCACAAGUGGCACCCGCUGGAGGUGCCGAAAAUGGGGCAGCUGGCACGGCGUUUUAUGAACGAGGAACAGGACAACACGAGCGAUCAAGCCAUCGCAAUGCGGAUGCGGUUUAUGUACUAG